GAACGCGCCAAAUUCUGACUCGCAAAGAACAACACAGACAUCUGUCAAAGCCUGCUAGGCUAGCUAAUGAGAAUUUGAACGACUUUGUUUGUUUAGAUUUUCAAUUGGGUGUACAGAGAGAAAUAGUUUGCCAUAUGCCAACCAUUUGCAAAUGUUAGCAAGCAGUUUUAUAUUUUGUGUUUUCAACACAGCAGCUUUGCGUGGCAACUAACGUUAGCUAACAGUUAUCUAGCUAGCCAACUUGCUGUACCUUUCACUUGCGAGGUGGAUUUGCAUAUCUCUCACUAACUACUUUUCACUGAAUGUUAGUGAAAUUUUUUACGGCCACGUUACCUACAGAAUCCUGUCCAAGAUGGUUUUACAAAACAGUGGACGGUACAAGUCAGAGAGAGGACAAGGGGGUAACCAGGACAAUCAACAGUAAGUCACUGCCUGAAAUGGCUGCAUGCAAGUUUCAAUUCACAUGUCAACAAAAUAUCUCUGCUUAGCAGGGCUGGGGUUUGCCCAAUAUUAGACCUCUGAUUAAUUACUUACUUAAAGAGACAAGAUCUGAGGUCAUUACAUAGCGAUAGCUAAGUCAUGGUCCAAUGCCUGUACCAUAAAUAAUUGGUACCUGAUAGGAGCAUGUCCCGCUCUGAAGCUAGCUACAUGCAUGAAGUUGUAGACGAUUCCGAUUGGAGAAUUGCCGAGCAGUGAACAAGAAACUAUUAAAUCCCGUUUUUAGAUGCUAGGUUGGGGUCAAUGCGAAUUGAAGGCAGUCAAUUCAGGAAGUAAACUUAAAUAACAAUUCAAAAUUUGAAAAAACUGCAUCUACUUUGAAUGACUUCUCAAUAAACUUAGGAGUAGAAGUUAUUAUUUUUUAAUUAAAAUCACUUCCUGAAUUGACUGCCUUCAAUUCGAAUUGACCCCAGCCGUGCUGCUGGCUAAAUGCAUAGUUCACUAGUUAGUUAAUUACAAAUACACAAUGCAGUCACACUGCUUUUUUCAAUGUUGUGGACGGCAUGUACUGAUAUGUCUGAUGUUAUGUAUUCUCCUCUGUAGGGAUGACCGGUCAUCCAUGUCGGCUGCUAUCCGGCUGGAGCGCAGCCAGUUCACCGACGAGAUGGACACCCGCUUCGGGUUCGAGAGGAUGAAGGACCCAGGAGAGAAGACUGGCUGGCUCAUCAACAUGCACCCUGUAGGUCAAUCAGGCAGACCAGAGUGGGCUCUGGAAAGCAGUUGAUCAGGAUGACUUUAAGCAGGACCUGCUGUCAUUUAGCUUCAUAUAUUUGAUGGGCUAUUUUUAUUAUAGUUUAAUUGGGGAUUGCAUUGUGGAAGACUCUUUUUUAGGCCUACAUAGACAAAUAAGGUCACGGUCCUGAUGACAUCGUAUUUAUAAUACAUGUCUUGUUCUUGUGCCUGAAUUGAAUAAAUGUUUUAGCAAGGCUUGAUCAUCUCAUCUUAAUGUGACUAUUGUCAAUAUCUAAUCCUCCUGUUCCCAUCUCAGACAGAAAUUCUGGACGAUGACAAACGGAUGGUCAGCGCUGUGGACUAUUAUUUCAUCCAGGAAGAUGGCAGCAGGUUCAAGGUGAGGAUCUGAGCACCUCAUAUAAACACUAGUGAAAGACUGAUCCCAAUGGCUAUGUUCAGCUGCUGCAAUCUCCUCCUUUUUCACUUUCCUUUUGUUGUAGGUGGCCCUCCCCUUUAAGCCCUAUUUCUACAUAGCCACUAAAAAGGUAAGUCAGGGAUGACCAGGUACUCGUUUUUAAAUGAACAGGCAUUAUUACUUCUCAUAUGAAUGACAACGUCGACCACGUGUGCCCCAUCCAGAACUGUGAGAGAGAAGUAAUCUCAUUCUUGUCCAAGAAGUUCCAAGGGAAGGUGGCAAAGCUGGAGAUGCUCCCUAAGGAGGACCUGGAUCUGGUGAGAAACUUAACCAUAGCCUAUUUAGAAAUAGACAAGUCAAGGAAUAAUGGACGUAUACGGUCAUUGAGCUCAUCUGAUCAUUCCAAGAUGACGUCUGGGCCGGUAUUCAUAAAGUGAGGGCUGAUCUAGGUUCUGCAUGUUCAAUUUAAUCUUAUUCAUUAUGACCUACAAGGGUAAACUGAUCCAAGUGAAGUUUAGCACUCCUACUGACAAGCUUUAUGAAUACGGCCCUGGUCUGUAUCAAUGUGUAAUUGUAUUAACCCUCUUUUGGGGCAGGUUGAAACACAUGAAACAGUCAUUGACAUUUUAGCUAGCUAGCUGUUGCUACCUAGUUUGUUCUGGAUGAACAUUGGGUUGUUAUUGUUUAGUAUUUUACCUGACAUGCAUAUGGUCCUCUUUUUAGCAGAUUCUGUGUAUAAUUUUGACCAGGAGUCGUGUCUUUCUCUACUCCGACGAUUAAUCCACAGAUAAAAAGGGAAACCUAGUUAGUGUUUAGUUAUGCAGUAUGUGAUGUAUCUCUCCUCGUUUGUUUUUCAAGCAUCCAUGUGGGUUUAUAUCUUUUUGAUAUCCAAUAAGGAGGGGUCUUGCAGUGCGUUGAGCAUCUCAAAUAGAACCAAAAAAGUUACAUGUGUUAAAAAACCUAUUAAUUUUCAGUCAUUUUUUAUCGCUCAUUACCGGGUUACCUUCAGACGAGUCUUGUGAAGCAUGUAGGCAUCGUAGAGCAAAACAGAUAACACUUUCGUGUUCAUGAGUCUCAGCUUUCGAUGUAUUAUUUCGAUAGUAGCUCAAACCGUUCAGACCAUUUGUGAGAAGACCUGUUUGGAGUUGGGACGUCGGCGUCCGCAACUUGAGACGAGUCCCGUGAAGUUUGUGGGCAUCGUAGAGCAAAAAUGUUUGCAUUCGUGAGGGUCCAAAUAGUUUCUAGCGCAAACUGUUUGGACUUUUCGGCAUUCUGUCAUCUCUGACAAACGCAUGCGCUGACACCACAUAGGCAAAUGGCUUAUACCAGCAGAUUCAGUGGAUUAUGCUGCAGCAGGACGUCUCUAGCAUAAACACACAGGGUUUUAUUUAAUAAAACGUGAUGACGUCAACAACGUCCACGCUGGCUCAGGCAUCGACCUCUGGGAGAUGGCAUCCAGUAUUACUGUCGGAUAAACAUGUCCUUUCUCCAUAGCCCAAUCACCUGGUGGGACUGAAGAGGAACUACAUCAAGCUUUCAUUCAACACUGUGGAUGACCUCAUGAAGGUCAAACGGGAGAUCUCGCCGGCGGUGCGCAAGAAUCGGGAGAGGGAGAAGUCCAACGAUACCUACACCUCAAUGUUAUCAAGGUACAGUAUCUCUACCAGUCUUACAACUUAGGAGGAGCAGACUGACGUUGUGAUUUUGGUAAACGUUUUAUUUUACAGCCCUAUUGCCACUGUUAUUUAUCCAGCAUUUAAUGUGAAAAUACUUGGUAACAUUUGGUGCUUUCUGGUAAUAAUUUGAAAGUAUUUAAGAGUUAAUAACUUGGUGGGGAAAAUGGUUACCUCCUGGUAUUCGUUACAAUAAAGUAAUUAUUGGGUAUUAAUUAUGUAAGUAUGGUGUUACCAUGUAGUUUCUCGGUAAAUACCUAGUAGGCUGUGAAAUAAAGUGUUACUGUGAUGUGGAGUGCAGUAGUACAGUCUCAUCUUGAAAUUCUGCUAUUCUGGGUCUUCAUAAAUGUUUUUGACAAGCUCUCUGCUCAUCAGUGCGUUGGCGGGAGGCAGUGUCUCGGCAGCGGAUGAAGAUGGCAUGUCCAAGAAAAUCUCAGACCAGAUGGACAACGUAGUGGACAUGAGAGAGUACGACGUGCCUUAUCACGUGCGCCUGUCCAUCGACCUUAAGAUCCACGUGGUAAGGGCCUUUGACAUUCCUGCUUGGCCAAUGGAUAGCCUGGUCCCAGAUCGUUUUGUGUUAUCUUGCCACAAUGACCAUUGGAGUUGGCCAGACAGCACAAACGGAUCUGGGACCAGGCUAGGCAGUGGAUGCUCAGUGGAAUGAUGGGAUUGAUCUCCCCAGUAAUCCCCUAUGAAGACUUAGCGUUCACGUCCUUUGUUUCUUCCCUAGGCUCACUGGUACAACGUUCGAUGCAGGGGCAGUGCUUACCCACCGGAGAUCAUACUGAGAAGCGACCUGGUGGAACGACCAGUAAGAAAAUGUUCUUUUUUUAAAUAAUUUUUUAUGUUUGCCUGAUGUCCAUCAAUCUGAUGUUUUAAACUGAUUUCCAGUCGUUUGGGAUUUUAAUUGAGCCAUCCAGGUUUCUUGUCAAGAUACCAUGGUCUUUCUCCAUCUCCAUUUUUAUAAUUGAAUUGACUGAACUCACAAUCUUGACUAGCAGUCCUAGCAGUGUUUCUAGUUGUGAUUCUGUUUCUCAGGACCCCGUUGUGCUGGCUUUUGACAUAGAGACCACCAAGCUUCCUCUGAAAUUCCCUGAUGCAGAAACGGACCAGAUUAUGAUGAUUUCCUACAUGAUCGACGGACAGGUAUGUUGGACCAGCCUGGUCUCAGAGCUUUUUGUACUGUCUUGCCGAUUCUUAUCAUCGUUGUCAUUAACAACGACCAUAGGAGUUGGCUGUACAGCACAAGAGCACAUCCCGAUCUGGGUCUACUCUGAGGAUGUCCCAUUUCCAGUCCUAAUCUGUAGCUUUGGAUUUCCUGUCUGCUCUUUUUUCUUCUUUAACUGCCGUCUUAACUGUUCAUAAUUCCUGCCAGGGCUACCUGAUCACAAACCGAGAGAUUGUCUCUGAGGACAUUGAGGACUUUGAGUUCACCCCAAAGCCAGAGUACGAGGGACCCUUCACUGUGUUCAAUGAGCCUGACGAGGUAAGGAGUGGAGCAUCAAUAAUGAAGGACAAGUAAAUGCCUAAGGGCGUACAUACAUAAAUACAUACAAUAUAAAGACAUACCUACUUGAUGACAUGCUGUGUUCCGUGCUUGUAGGCGGGUCUCAUUCAGCGAUGGUUCGAGCACGUCCAAGAAACCAAGCCCCAAAUCUUUGUCACCUACAACGGAGACUUUUUCGAUUGGUGAGUCGGUCUGGAGGACAGAUCAACCGAUCAACUCUUUGAUCAACUGAACUAAAUUAGGUUUACUGUGCUCAACUGCCCCCCCCCCCAAUCACUCUCCCCUCAUCCUUCUCCCUUUCUCUCCCUAUUUCCCUCUUUAUCUUCCACUUCUCCCCUCCAAAAGGCCCUUUGUGGAGACCAGGGCUGCCCACCACGGCCUGAACAUGUACAGAGAGAUUGGCUUCCAGAAGGACAACCAGGGCGAGUACAGGGCUAGCCAGGCCAUCCACAUGGAUGCCUUUAGGUAAGGGCCACCAUGCAUCUCAUAAUACAGUACCUCGCUAUCUGUGUGGUGUUGUGCCUGCACAAAUAAUGAUACGCACACACUAACACAAACUGACUAACCCACCGCUGUGUGUGUGUAUGUGUGUGCCAGGUGGGUGAAGCGUGACAGCUACCUGCCGGUGGGCAGUCACAACCUGAAGGCGGCGGCCAAGGCCAAGCUGGGCUAUGACCCAGUGGAGCUGGACCCCGAGGAGAUGUGCCGCAUGGCCACCGAGGAGCCGCAGGUCAGCUGGUGCAUUCUGGGAGUCACAAACACAGGCACCGCUCUUAGCAGUGGUUCUAUAGGUCCUAUCUCAAUGUCUUUCUCGGAGUCCUGGUAUCCGAUCUCCUCGCCUCCUUCUCAAUCGUAUUGGAGGAGAAGGUCUAAGCUACCUCCCCCUCUCAGGCCUCAUUCGCCAGUGUCUUUUGAGAAGGAGGCAUGUAGAGAGGUUGCAAGGAAAGAUGAAUUAAUUGAGAAAGAGUCCAAGUUGUGGUUGUGGGUGUAGAUGUGAUGCAGUUUGGUUGUCUGACUGGUUUUCUCAUGGCUGUGCCCCCAGACUCUGGCCACUUACUCUGUGUCGGAUGCCGUGGCCACGUAUUAUCUUUACAUGAAGUACGUCCACCCCUUCAUCUUUGCUCUUUGCACCAUCAUCCCUAUGGAGCCGGAUGAGGUUUGUCUCUAUCAGUUUGUCAGUUGAAACAUGGACAGUGUGGGAAAGGAAUUGGACUAUUGCUCACUGGUGUGUGUGUGGUUGUGUGUGCAGGUGCUGCGUAAGGGUUCGGGGACCCUGUGUGAGGCGCUGCUCAUGGUGCAGGCCUACCAUGCCAACAUCGUCUUCCCCAACAAGCAGGAGCAGGUGUUCAACAAGCUGACGGACGAUGGCCACGUCAUGGACUCUGAGACCUACGUGGGGGGUCACGUGGAGGCCCUGGAGUCCGGCGUGUUCCGCAGCGACAUCCCCUGCCGCUUCAAAAUGGUAUGGCACUGCUCGGCACUGCUCGGCCCAGUCCAUUAUUUGUCUGUGUAGGGAUUUAGUUUACGUGUUUUUGUUGACACUGUUUUCUUUCUGGUGUGUUGGACAGAAUCCAGCUGCAUUUGACUUCCUGCUUCAGCGGGUGGAGCAAACGCUGCGUCAUGCCAUCGAGGAGGAGGAGAAGAUUCCCCUGGAGCAAGUCACCAACUUCAAUGAGGUUUGAUUUGAUUUAACAAUUUAAAAUGCAGUAUAUAAAGAAGCCACACCAGGCAACCAAUACAUUUACCAAAAUUGCAGAGCAUUAUAUACACAAAAAGUCAGACUUGUUGCCAUUGUGGUCUGCCCAUUAUCAUGCCAUCAACCUAUGUCUCCUUACAUUUAGAAACUGUGACACCUAUAGCGUUACCAACUUCUUUUGAUGUACAAUCUCGGGCCACAAAACACCAUCCACUUUCUUAUUGUUAAAGUUUGCCCCUAAGAAAGGGGAAAGUUAGAAUUUACCCACAAAAUGUGCGGGUAAAAGGAAAAUACAUUCCCUCUUUUCUCCACAAGAAAUGCUGUACUUUCCAUAAAUCAUCUGAUCUGCCCUGUCUGCAGGUGUGUGAUGAGAUCAAGAAGAAGCUGAUCUCUUUGAAGGAGGUCCCCAACAGGAUCGAGUGUCCACUCAUCUAUCAUCUGGACGUGGCGGCCAUGUACCCCAACAUCAUCCUCACCAACCGCCUGCAGGUAAACUACACAGCUGUGUGUGUCAGAAAUCGAUAACCCUGUACAAUGUUGAAUUCUCCCCUAUACUUACAUUGCAUGCAACAUUUUGAAGGGCUUGGUCAGGCUUCUAACAAAAAGUCAGGCAAAACUCCAGAAAGUAACACUGUUCUGUUCCUUGUCUCUUCCUCAGCCCUCUGCAAUGGUUGACGAGGCCACGUGUGCUGCCUGCGAUUUCAACAAGCCGGGGGCCAACUGUCAGAGGAAGAUGAGCUGGCAGUGGAGGGGGGAGAUCAGUAAGCUCUUCCUGUAGUGUGUGUGUGUGUGUGUUGCGGAGGUCAGCUCUUUAGACUGACUUCUGUGGUCUGCUGCUGUACCAAUGUCACCCUAGGCCCUAGCUUUGCUUUAGAGACAGUCUUUCAGAGAUGUAACUAGUCACAAUGGUAUGGCAUUGGUUGAACUCAAUGUUAAAUUCAAAUCUCCCUACCAUUGUAUCUAAGCCAAUAUAACACCAAUGUCGAUGGAAAUUCGCAAAUCAACAUGAUUUGAGGUACACAACACACUCCUUGCCUUUCGUCAUACCGGAAUUUUAACAAGGUCGUUAGCAAUUGAGUUUUCUGAAUAUUUUUUGCACCUACCUAGCUCAUUCCAGACAUCGGAUUAAAACGAAACUAUAGCGUCCAUAAAGUGACCAUUGGACUUAAAACAUGUCGGAUUGACUAAGUUUGUAGGUGCAACAGUUUUUCUUACAUUUUGAUGAUUUAUCGCUCUCACGUGCCCAUUUCUGUCCUUUUAAGAACCAACUAUGUGCUUCCUUUUUUAAGCAUGUCUGACAAUGCUAACAUGUUUCUCAGCCGAAGCUCAGACGUUCUAACACCAUGUUGAGAAAUGAGAUAGCUAGCUAGCCUUACCUACCUAAUGUUUGCUUGUGUGUCCAAAGUCCAGCAGCUUGCCUCUGUAACUAGCUAACACCAGUCAUCUGAAAGUUAGCUAACGAACAGGCAAAGAUAUAUUUGGUUAUGGAAGGUUUUUACACAAAUUACUUAUUUGUUAGACAUCUGUUUGAGAAGGUUUGAAUCCUAAGCAACCUGCAUACUCAUUGUUUGAAGUACAAUAGACCAACAUAGCUACUGUAGUAGGUCAAAGCUGUGUGCUGGAAAAACUUGGUAGAGCAUGGGUGGAGUAGGCUUUGUGGUGCUCAUGUAAAUGUCUUCAUUUUUUUGGCUUCAGACCAAUGCAUACUUCUCACUUAUAACCGUUUUUUGUUUUUGAGCUAAUUAGAGCUGGGCGAUAUGGACCCCAAAAAAAUUCUGUAUGUAUGUACAGUCGUGGUCAAAAGUUUUGAGAAUGACACAAGUAUUGGUCUCCACAAAGUUUGCUGCUUCAGUGUUCUUAGAUCUUUAUGUCAGUAGUUACUAUGGUACACUGAAGUAUAAUUACAAGUAUUCCAUAAGUGUCAAAGGCUUUCAUUGACAAUGACAUUCAGUUUAUGCAAAGAGUCAAUACCUCUGCAAUCUGCCCUGGCAUGCUGUUAAUUAACUUCUGGGCCACAUCCUGACUGAUGGCAGCCCAUUCUUGCAUAAUCAAUGCUUGGAGUUUGUCAGAAUUUGUGGGUUUUUGUUUGUCACCCCGCCUCUUGAGGAUCGACCACAAGUUCUCAAUGGGAUUAAGGUCUGGGGAGUUUUUUUUUCUGGCCAUGGACCCAAAAUGUUGUUUUGUUCCCCGAGCCACUUAGUUAUCACUUUUGCCUCAUGGCAAGGUGCUCCAUCAUGCUGGAAAAGACAUUGGUCGUCACCAAACUGUUCUUGGAUGGUUGGGAGAAGUUGCUCUCGGAGGAUGUGUUGGUACCAUUCUUUAUUCAUGGCUGUGUUCUUAGGCAAAAUUGUGAGUGAGCCCACUCCCUUGGCUGAGAAGCAACCCCACACAUGAAUGGUCUCAGGAUGCUUUACUGUUGGCAUGACACAGGACUGAUGGUAGCGCUCACCUUGUCUUCUCCGGACAAGGUGUUUUCUGGAUGCCCCAAACAAUCGGAAAGGGGAUUCAUCAGAGAAAAUGACUUUACCCCAGUCCUCAGCAGUCCAAUCCCUGUACCUUUUUGCAGAAUAUCAGUCUGUCCCUGAUGUUUUUCCUGGAGAGAAGUGGCUUCUUUGCUGCCCUUCUUGACACCAGGCCAUUCUCCAAAAGUCUUCGCCUCACUGUGCGUGCAGAUGCACUCACACCUGCCUGCUGCCAUUCCUGAGCAAGCUCUGCACUGGUGGUGCCCCGAUCCCGCAGCUGAAUCAACUUUAGGAGACGGUCCUGGCGCUUGCUGGACUUUCUUGGGCGCCCUGAAGCCGCCUUCACAACAAUUGAACCUCUCUCCUUGAAGUUCUUGAUGAUCCGAUAAAUUGUUGAUUUAGGUGCAAUCUUACUAGCAGCAAUAUCCUUGCCUGUGAAGCCCUUUUUGUGCAAAGCAAUGAUGACGGCACGUGUUUCCUUGCAGGUAACCAUGGUUGACAGAGGAUGAACAAUGAUUUCAAGCACCAUCCUCCUUUUAAAGCUUCCAGUCUGUUAUCCUGACUCAAAUCAGCAUGACAAAGUGAUCUCCAGCCUUGUCCUUGUCAACACUCUCACCUGUGUUAACGAGACAAUCACUAACAUGAUGGCAGCUGGUCCUUUUGUGGCAGGGCUGAAAUGCAGUGGAAAUGUAUUUUUGGGAUUAAGUUCAUUUUCAUGGCAAAGAGGGACUUUGCAAUUCAUCUGAUCACUCUUCAUGACAUUCUGGAGUAUAUGCAAUUUGCCAUAAUCAACACUGAGGCAGCAAACUUUGUGGAGACCAAUACUUGUGUCAUUCUCAAAACGUUUGACCACAACUGUAUGUAUGUGUGUUUUGUUUAAACCUACAGUAUACUGUGAAUCGCCCAUCAGUCUAUUUUUAUUUUAUUUAAAUUAGCUUUUUGUACAAUGUCAAGGUAAAAUACACUGCAUUUCAAACAUUCAGCAAUAAUCAAAUUAAUUCAGGGCUUGUGAAAUUAUACCUAGGCUAAAUAUAAGCCUUCCACAACCAUAACCCAAUAAUAAUUUUAUCAAAAUAGUUUAACCUGCUUUUUUUGCAAUAAUCACUGAUCUGUCUAUGAAAAUAUAACCAGAACCAUGCAUAAUGCACAUAUACCAUGCACUAAUAAUGAAUAACUUCUUGUAGAAGGUAUUAUAGAAAAUAAACACAGGUCUCAUAAACAAUCUCUCAAGCACAAGCCCAUGUGCUAGUGAGUAGCCAGCUAAUCUUUAUAGUUUAGCCUACUUGGAUCCAUUUGCUAGCUAACAAGGUAGAACAGUUGAAUUGUUAUGAACACACCCUUCUGUCCGUCUCCAACUGUUUGAAAAGCGUGCUAGCCUGUCCACUUUGUUCAGAUGUUGAAAUCAAGUGGCCUGUCUUCAGUGUCCAUAUGACCGAUUUUCUGUUGGAUCAAACCUCAAAUGCAAAUAGCAAUUUGAAACUGCUUGUCAGAGAGGAAGAAGUGAUCUCUCAUAUUUGUUGUUGUGAGUGGCAGGGGGUGUGUGUGUGUGUGUGUGUGUGUGUGUGUGUGUGUGUGAGAGAGAGAGAAUGGGAAGGUGCACAGAAGGAGACGAGACCAAAAGACAAUAUGAGAACCAAGUGGACAUAAACGCUCAUAUUUUUUUUUUUGAAAAUGGAUUCUUGUGACACAGGCAUUUGGAAUAUUGCACUAAAACAUUUUAAUUUGAAUUAAUUCAAUAUAUCGCCCUAAUCGGAAAUGCCUCUUUCUUCCCUUCACUCACCUGCUUGCUCCUCCCUGUCUGCAGUGCCGGCCAGCCGCAGUGAGUUCCACCGCAUCCAGCAGCAGCUGGAAUCAGAGAAGUUUCCUCCGCUCUUCCCCAACGGCAGGCCACGAGCCUUCCAUGAGCUCAACCAGGAGGAGCAGGCCCGCCACGAAAAGAAACGCCUGGGCGGUGAGAGAGGGAGAAAUGUUUUUAGAUUGGCACAGAAGUUGUCAGUGAGUUACUGUUACUUUAGGGUUGUGCGUUUCAGUGACUUUUCAUGACGUUAGCGUGCUUUCUGUUCUGUCCCAGACUACUGCAGGAGGGCCUAUAAGAAGGUCCGUCAGACCAAGCUGGAGGAGCGGGUCACCACCAUCUGCCAGAGGGAGAACUCCUUCUACGUGGACACCGUGCGAGCCUUCAGAGACCGCCGCUACGAGUUCAAGGGACUGCACAAGGUACUUGCCAAAGAGCUACCAACUUAUUUGCUCUUCUCCCACUAGAAACUAGCCCCAAGGAUGUCAACGCAAAGUUUACAGUUGACAUUGGGAGGAAGACUUACCCUUUUUACACUAGUGCCAAUCCGAACCGUGCUGUGCUGGCUCUGAUUUUUGUUGUUGUUGAUGCAUUCAAUUUUUUCAGCAUCAUUCCAGCAGCUAUGCCUGUCCAUAGUGUGUUAAGUGUUUCCCUCUCUCCUCUCUGUGGUACUGUAGGUGUGGAAGAAGAAGCUGUCUGCAGCCCAGGAAAGUGGUGACGCUGCCCUGGUGAAGCGCUGUAAGAACAUGGAGAUCCUCUACGAUUCUCUCCAGCUAGCCCACAAAUGCAUCCUCAACUCCUUCUAUGGCUACGUCAUGAGGAAAGGGUAGGUGCAGCUGCAGCUUCCCCCUCUCCCAGAAAAUAAUAUUUGUUUUAUCAACCCCCCAAAAAUCUGGCCUCUAUUCAGGAGGUAGAAAAUGUUUUGCAACCUGUUGACAGUGCUGACAGUGCUGUUGUGUUUGUGUGGCUGCCAUGUCUGUCCACUAGGGCGCGCUGGUACUCCAUGGAGAUGGCCGGCAUUGUGUGCUACACCGGAGCCAACAUCAUCACCCAGGCCAGAGAGCUCGUUGAACAGAUUGGGUAACUUAAUAAUGUCCAUCCUCUUACAGAAGGCCUCUUACUGCUUUCUCUUUUAGCACCCAUGUCAUGGAGAUUGUCUUUUUAGAGAUACCUGUGUGUAGUGCUGGGUAGCAUAAGGAUCAUGCAUGAACAGCACUCUGUUUCACCAUGGCAGUAACUUUGCAGAUGUAGCGAAUAUGCACUGAACAAAAAUAUAAAUGCAACCUAUAAAGUAUUGGUCCCAUGUUUCAUGAGCUGAAAUAAAAGAUCCCAGAAAUUGUCCAUAUGCACAAAAAGCUUAUUUCUCUCAAAUGUUGUGCACAAAUUUGUUUACAUCACUGUUAGUGAGCAUUUCUCCUUUGCCAAGACAAUCCAUCCACCUGACAGGUGUGGCAUAUCAAUAAGCCAAUUAAACAGCAUGAUCAGUACACAGGUGCACCUUCUGCUGGGGACAAUAAAAGGCCACUCUAAAAUGCAGUUUUGUCACACAACAUAAUGACACAGAUGUCUCAAGUUUUGAGGGAGUGUGCAAUUGGCAUGCUGACUGCAGGAAUGUCCACCAGAGCUGUUGCCAGAGAAUUGAAUGUUCAUUUCUCUACCAUAAGCCGCCUCUAAUUGUUUUAGAGAAUUUGGCAGUACGUUCAACUGGCCUCACAACCGCAGACCACGUGUAUGGCGUUGUGUGGGCGAGCGGUGUGCUGAUCAAUCAAUUUUAUUUUAUAUAGCCCUUCUUACAUCAGCUAAUAUCUCGAAGUGCUGUACAGAAACCCAGCCUAAAACCCCAAACAGCUAGUAAUGCAGGUGUAGAAGCACGGUGGCUAGGAAAAACUCCCUAGAAAGGCAAAACCUAGGAAGAAACCUAGAGAGGAACCAGGCUAUGAGGGGUGGCCAGUCCUCUUCUGGCUGUGCCGGGUGGAGAUUAUAACAGAACCAUGCCAAGAUGUUCAAAAAUGUUCAUAAGUGACAAGCAUGGUCAAAUAAUAAUCAGGAAUAAAUCUCAGUUGGCUUUUCAUAGCCGAUCAUUAGAGUUUAAAACAGCAGGUCUGGGACAGGUAGGGGUUCCAUAACCGCAGGCAGAACAGUUUAAACUGGAAUAGCAGCAAGGCCAGGCGGACUGGGGAUAGCAAGGAGUCACCACGGCCGGUAGUCCCGACGUAUGGUCCUAGGGCUCAGGUCUCUCAGUUGGCUUUUCAUAGCCGAUCAUUUAGAGUUGAAAACAGCAGGUCUGGGACAGGUAGGGGUUUCGUAGCCGCAGGCAGAACAGUUGAAACUGGAAUAGCAGCAAGGCCAGGCGGACUGGGGGCAGCAGGGUGUCAUCAUGCCCGGUAGUCCUGACGUAUGGUCCUAGGGCUCAGGUUCUCAGAGAGAAAGAGAGAACGAGAGAAUUAGAGAGAGCAUACUUAAAUUCACACAGGACACUGGAUAAGACAGGAGAAGUACUCUAGGUAUAACCAACUAACCCCAGCCCCCCGACACAUAAACUACUGCAGCAUAAAUACUGGAGGCUGAGACAGGAGCGGUCCGGAGACACUGUGGCCCCAUCCGAAGAAACCCCCGGACAGGGCCAAACAGGAAGGAUAUAACCCCACCCACUCCGCCAAAGCACAGCCCCCGCACCACUAGAGGGAUAUCCCCAACCACCAACUUACAAUCCUGAGACAAGGCCGAGUAUAGCCCACAGAGGUCUCCACCACAGCACAAACCAAGGGGGGGGGGGGGCGCCAACCCAGAUGUCAACGUUGUGAACAGAGUGCCCCAUGGUGAUGGUAUGGGCAGGCGUAAGUUACAGACAACGAACACAAUUGCAUUUUAUCGAUGGCAAUUUGAAUGCACAGAUACCGAGACGAGAUCCUGAGGCCCAUUGUCGUGCCAUUGUUUCAGCAUGAUAAUGCAUGGCCCCAUGUCGCAAGGAUCUGUGCACAAAUGUCCUAGUUCUUCCAUGGCCUGCAUACUCACCAGACAUGUUACCCAUUGAGCAUGUUUGGGAUGCUCUGGAUCGACAUGUAUGACAGCGUGUUCCAGUUCCCGGCAAUAUCCAGCAACUUCGCACAGCCGUUGAAGAGGAUUGGGAUAACGUUCAACAGGCCACAAUCAACAGCCUGAUCAACUCUAUGUGAAGGAGAUGUCAUGCUGCAUGAAGCAAAUGGUGGUUACACAAGAUACUGACUGGUUUUCUAAUCCACGCCCCUACCUUUUUUUUGUCAGGCAUCUGUGACCAGCAGAUGCAUAGCUGUAUUCCCAGUCAUGUCAAAUCAAUAGAUUAGGGCCUAAUUAAUGCAUUUCGAUUGACUGAUUUCCUUAUAUAAACUGUAACUCAGUAAAAUCUUUGAAAUUGUUGCAUGUUACGCUUAUAUUUUUGUUCAGUUUAAUACCCCCUAUCUAUUUUCUGUGGUUUUUGGCCACUUAUGUUACCAUGUUUGUCUGUGGCACUACAGGAGGCCUCUGGAGCUGGAUACGGACGGUAUCUGGUGCGUCCUGCCCAACACCUUCCCCGAGAACUUUGUGGUGAAGACGAGCAAUGAGAAGAAGCCUAAGGUGACAAUCUCCUACCCGGGCGCCAUGCUCAACAUCAUGGUGAAGGAAGGCUUCACCAACGACCAGUACCAGGAGCUGGUGGACCCCGCCUCGCUGACCUACGAGACGCGGGCGGAAAACAGCAUCUUCUUCGAGGUGGACGGGCCCUACCUAGCCAUGAUUCUGCCCGCCUCCAAAGAGGAGGGAAAGAAGCUGAAGAAAAGGUACAUACAAGCGAUUCUGUAUAUACUGGCAAUGAGAAAAUAUGGAGAAUGCUGGUUCUCCUUUCUUGGUGGACCGUGUGUGAAAAGAUUCAAUUCUGUAUUUACCAUAUAGGCCGGUUGGCAUCGUUGAGAUUUUUGUUAGGUAACAAUAACAUUAUCCAAUCAAAUUUUAUUUGUCACAUGCUUUGUAAACAACAGGUGUAGACUAACAUUGAAAUGCUUACGGACCCUUCCCAACAAUGCAGAGAGAAAGAAUCCAGCCAAAGACAUUGAUAAUCACGAUUACAACAUUCUCCUGAUAUUAACAUGAUUACAACGUUCUCCUGAUAAUAGCAUUGAUAAUAACGUUCUCCUGAUGGUAACAUUGAUAAUAACAUGAUGACAACAUUGUGCUGUGUCCAGGUACGCUGUGUUCAACGAGGACGGCUCUCUGGCCGAGCUGAAGGGCUUUGAGGUGAAGAGGAGAGGUGAGCUGCAGCUCAUCAAGAUCUUCCAGUCGUCCGUGUUUGAGGCCUUCCUCAAAGGCACCACCCUGGAGGAGGUCUAUGACUCGGUGGCCAAGGUGGCCGACUACUGGCUCGAUGUGCUCUACAGCAAGGUAACGUGUUUGUUUCCCUGCGUGUGUAAUAACUUUACAUUUUAAAUCGGUUGUUAUUAUUAUUAAUUCAUCCAUAUAUUAAAAGAGUGAGCCAACCUGGGCCAUUGUAAUAAUAUUCCCCAUCUCUGCUUGAAUGUUGAAAGCUACAUCAACCGGACCACGUUCAGUAGGCAAACGAUGAGGAAAGUUUCAGAUCGUAAUGUCAAUAAUAGAGAACUGACGUGAUUCCUGAUUGUAGGCGAGGCUACAUGUCAGAGGGCAUGUUUGUUCGACAUAAUAUAUUUAUAUCUGAAUGUUCUACUAUGUUGUGUCCUGAUGGGAUUUGUAUUUUGCCCAGGCUGCCAACAUGCCGGACGCGGAGCUGUUUGAGCUCAUCUCGGAGAACCGCUCCAUGUCGCGGAAGCUGGAGGACUACGGCGAGCAGAAGUCCAACACCAUCAGCACGGCCAAGCGGCUGGCCGAGUUCCUGGGAGACCAGAUGGUGAAGGACGCCGGGCUGAGCUGCCGCUACAUUAUCUCCCGCAAGCCAGAGGGCACGCCGGUCACAGAGAGGUGAGGCAGACAGACCCACACAACCCUACCACAGGCUGACGGUCAUGGCUCAUCAUUUCCGAUUUUGUCUUCAGCUCAUUUUAGCGUGGUGUCGCUUAUUGCUAAUGACAACAAUGGAGAAGUGUUCAUUCCUCUCUCUCAAUCUGACAGGGCCAUCCCCUUGGCCAUCUUCCAAGCUGAGCCCAGUGUUAAGAAGCACUUCCUGCGCAAGUGGCUGAAGAUGCCCAGCCUCCACGACCUGGACAUCCGCUCCGUAAGUCUCUGGGCUAUUUCACCUCAGACAUUUUCAUAGCGCUUCCAUAUUGGCAAGCUUCAGUACAGCAAUACAAAGACUGUUGAUGUACUGCCUGAGUGAUUUUAUAAGAUUGAUGUUUGAAUCAAUUAUUUCCUUAAUGUUUUAGCUAAAUCGCAGUCACUAACGAGUUUAGCCAUGGGCUCUCUUCAGAUUCUUGACUGGAGCUACUACAUUGAGAGAUUGGGUAGUGCCAUCCAGAAAAUCAUUACCAUUCCAGCUGCCCUGCAACAGGUAACCCACAGCAGCUCUGAACCAUGGCUCUGAGGUGAAGUUGCCCCGAGGUAUAGAUCUAGGAUCAGCUUGCCCUCCCCAAAUCCUAACCUUGCCCAUUAGUGGGGGAAAUGAUCCAAGAUCAGUGUCUAGGUGCAACUUCACCCUACUCCUGUGGCACUAGAUUCUUUCAGGUUGUACCCUGCUCAGUGCUCGCUACUCACCCAUUCUGGUCCCAUUGUGAUCCGGGCUGUAGGUGAAGAACCCCGUGCCCAGAGUGCGCCACCCAGACUGGCUCCACAAAAAGCUGCUGGAGAAGAAUGACAUCUACAAGCAGAAGAAGAUCAGCGAGCUGUUCACCAGCGAGGGCAAGCGACAGGUACACCCGCCUAGCCAACGGUAGCGGCGACACACACAAAUGACACACACUCACGCCACUCCCCUCUCUCGCCUCCUCUCUCUCAGGUGGCCCAUCAGGCCCUGGAGGCAGGGCAAGCGGCUGACAUUGAGGACUUUGGGAUGCCUGCCAGACCCCUGCAGCCGGCCAUACUGAUCAGCACCAAGCGCAAGCGGGUGUCACAAGGAGAGGACAGCCAGGCCGUGGAGUCCCAGGAGAUGGAGCUCACCCAGUCCUGGAGAGAGAUCCUCGGCCCACCACCACCCAUGGGGGAAACGCAGGAAGCGCGCCUGGUGUGGCUGCGCUACCACAAGAAGAAGUGGGAGCUGCAGCUGCGGCAGAGGAAGGAGCGCCGGAAGCGGAGGCGCCUGCUGGACGGCGAGGUCCAGCCCAUGGGUGGAGGGGUGAUCCGGGACGCGGGUCCCGCCACAGGCCUGGGUAGCUUCCUCCGCCGCACGGCGCGCAGUAUCCUGGACAUGCCCUGGCAGAUCGUACAGGUGGGUUAGGUUAGGCCUAGGGGGUCAAAUAACAUUUAGUUAGGCCGGUUUCCGGCAAACCCAGUCCUGAACUAAAAAGCAUGCUGCUGCUCAAUGGAGAAUCUGUUUUAAAGUGCUUUUUUGUACAGGACUAGGCUUAAACUGUGUCCAUACUGGCUAAAACUCCAAAUACCAUUGCCUUGUUUUGUUUCAGAAUAGUUUAUAGGAACUGUACAGAACAAAAUAAAGACAUACUGUAUAUAUCUUGUGAAUGCACCUCUAAUAAGCAAAAUACCUAAACCCAGAAGUCUUUGUGUGUGUGUGACUGGAUGUCCUGUGCUCUCUCCCCCAGAUUGCGGAGACCAGUCACCCUGGGCUGUAUAAACUGUGGGCUGUGAUCGGCAGUGACCUGUACUGCAUGAAGCUCAACAUCCCACGGGUGUUCUACGUCAACCAGAAGGUCCCCAAGCAGGAGGAGGGAGCCACAUACAAGAAGGUACAUUUAGUCUCAUGAUAGAUUGAUUGAUUAAUAGAUCUAUGAGCACCUCCCUCCACUGACUGCUCAAGCCUUCUGACCCUCUCAUGACCGUCCGUCUACUAAUGAAUGAUAUGUUGUCGGUUUAAAAUUGUCAGGCUUUUUUUGUUGCUUUAAAGCGCAUUGAGGUUCUUUUGUAAUGAAAAGCACUAUAAAAGUUCAAUUUAUCGUUAUUAGUAUUAUUAUUAGAUGACUGAGAACUCUGGUGUUUGUUUUGUGCAGGUGAACCGUCUUCUGCCGCGCUCCAACGUGGUGUACUAUCUGUACCAGUACUCUGUCCCUGAGGAUAUGUACCAGGAGCACAUCAACGAGAUCAAUGCUGACCUCUCUGCCCCAGACAUAGAGGGGGUCUACGAGACACAGGUACCUACGGGUUAGGAUAGGACAAGGUCUGUCUUAUUCCUCCUUGAUGUGUACAAGAAGCAGUUAGUGGGGUUAAAGGAUUGUACUUUAUUCCCGAAUCUAGUGUUCUGUGUCUUGGUUAACAUUUCAUAGUUAGGGAAAUAUAAGCAAUGCCUGUGUUUUGAGUGUUAUUCUCCAUGUGUAUGCCAGUGAGUGUGUUUAAAAUAAGUUUGCAACAGAAAGCAAAAAAAGCCUUUCUUAUUGGACAAGUCCAGGUAGCCCCUGCCUGUUUUUAAUCUGUUCUUUCGUUUGGUGCCUAAUGAACAACCCUCUCUCUCUCUCUCCCAGGUCCCUCUGCUGUUCCGGGCCCUGGUACAGCUGGGCUGUAUGUGCAUGGUCAACAAGCAGGUGGUCCGGGACCUGGGCGGCCGGGAGGCUGAGACCUACGACCUGGAGCACCUGGAGAUGAGGUCCCUGGCCCAGUUCAGCUACCUGGAGCCUGGUACGACUAGCCUCCACUGGCACUGCAGAUUCACUUCACUGUUUCUCUACUGUUUCUCAAUGUGUCGUCCAUAUAUUUGAUAUCUAUUUGUAAUCUUUCUUUACCUGUCUUUUUGAAGUUAUUGUGUGACUGAUUUUACAUUUACUAUGAUGUAGAUCAACCUCAACCUGCCAUUUCUUCCGUUUGGUGCCUAAUGAAUACGACCUUAUAUGGAACGUGAUGAUGGGAGCGUUGAAUCAGUAUGAUUGUGUUGUCUUCCCCAGGGAGCGUCCGACACAUCUACCUUUACCAUCACAGCCAGGGCCACAAAGCCCUGUUCGGCCUGUUCAUCCCCUCACAGCGCAAGGCCAGCAUCUUUGUCCUGGACACGGUAAAACCACACCUCAUCUACUUUGUGCCCAAACACCCUACACAUCAGAUUUCCCCUUCAAAUAGUUGACUUUGCCCUUGUAAUGCUUCAUUACACAAAUAUGUGACGUGAGAGUGAUUUUAGUCAUUUCCAAGUAAAAUGUUGAAGAAAAAAGACAUAAAGUCCCCCUCCCCUUCCUCCCCUAGGUCCGCAGUAACCAGAUGCCCAACCUGAGCACCCUGUAUGGGGCAGAGCGUACAGCCCUGCUGGAGAAGACCAGCGAAGAGCUCCUGCCCCCUGAGAAACACACCUUUGAGGUGCGAGCCGAGAACGACGUCAAGGCCAUCCACCGCGCCCUGCAGCGCAUACUGCUCAACUACAAGGUGCCUCCAACCACUGCACCCCUCACCUGUAUGGUUCUGCCACUGUAUCGCUCUCUCUAGCUUGUUCUCUGUGUUACUUUGUUUAGGCCUUCUCUUUCUAAGGUUUUCAAACUUGCUAUUUAAGGUUAUAUGCUUAUCACAGAUUAAUAGUAUAGGAUAGAGCAGUGUCGUGUUUUGCAACAGAAAACGCAAAAUGAGCAUUUCUUAUUGGACAAGUGCAGGUAGUCCCUUCCUGUUUCAGUCUAUUUUCUUCCGUUUGGUGCAUGAUGAACACAGCCCUGGUAACACUAUUGACCGUUGUCCUUCUCUCUCUGUAUUCAGGGGGAGCGGCGAGGGCCCACCCUGAUCGCAGUACAGUCCAACUGGGAGCUGCGGCGGCUGGCGGCGGGCAUGCCGGUGCUGGAGGAGUUCCCGGUGGUACCGGUGCAUGUGGUGGACGAGAUCAGCUACAACGUGCUGGACUGGCAGCGCCACGGGGCACGCCGCAUGGUCCGCCACUACCUCAACCUUGACAGCUGCCUGUCGCAGGCUUUUGACAUGGCCAGGUAGGUAACACAGCACUAGACUAGGUCUGUCUGCUGGCUCUGUACACCUAGAACCUUCUAAACAACACAACUGGAAUAAGAGCACUAGUGUUUUUUUAACGUUCUAUUUUGUAUAUAUAAAAAUCUUCACAUUUUACAUAUUAGUCUGGGGUUUCAUGUAUGUAUCAUUAUGACUUUUAUGCCCGUUUUGUGGUACGGUCACUUACUGUUCCCUCUCCUCCAUCACUCCUCAGGUACUACCACUUGCCGGUGGGGAACCUGCCCCAGGAUGUGUCCAUCUUUGGUUCUGACCUGUUCCUGGCAAGGCACCUGCGGAAGCACAACCACCUGCUGUGGCUGUCACCCACUGCCAGGCCUGAUCUGGGGGGCAAGGAGGCCGACGACAGCAGGCUGGUGAUGGAGGCCGACGACAGGGGCUCCAUGGAGAUCAACGCUCAGGGCUGCUACUCAACAGGUAGCCAGCCUUACACAUGCACACACACUAAUGCUUGGGAGAUAUGGACAGAGUCAAAUCACGAUACAUUUAAACAUUUUGCUCGAUAACAAUAAAAAAAAUUAAUGAAUGCACAGUUGCUUCCCAUUAGCGACAAAUUUUGUCUUGUGCCAAGUAAGACAACUGAGAUGGUAUGAUUCAAGAAAUAAGUUGGCUAUUUCAUCUAUCAUAUCCAGGGGACGUGUGAUUUGAUAUUUUGAUGUGCAACAUUUUAAAAAUAUGAUCCAGAAUUAUCAGAUUUUUCUCUUGGCUCUUUUUAUACAUGAAUUUGUCCCCCAAAAAUGGUGCGUACUGGAGCAGGCUACAUAAUUCACCACCGAAUUCAAAGCACUUAGCUAGAUUGCUCUAAUUAUGAUUGUGUUGCUAGAUAGCCAUGUAAUGAAUGUCCUACUAAACCUUACCAGCUCUAGGCCUAGGUUACGUGAUGUAUUCACUGCAGAUGGCACGCUCCGUGUGCCCAUCAAAACCAUACUACAUAGCCAACUGCCGUUGUAAAGUGGUGCCAUUUGCUCGAUAUUGAGAGUUGAGAAAUAAAUGAUACACCCACAGAAAGCUGACGCUCUCCUAUCUUUAAUAAAAACAACGGUAGUUGCUUUGUCCCGCAAUUGCAUUUUGAAAGGUUGCACAACGUCAACGAAGUGGGAGAGGGAGUGGCUCACUCAAACAGCAGCCGGCAGCGAAACGGGGACAGGCAGAUACUUUCAGAUAUUGUCAUAGCAGGAAUCAAUAUAAUUCACAUUGCUGAUGACCAAAUAAUGGUUUUAGAAUAAAAACAUCUGCAGGAACGCUGUUUAGUAUAAUCACUAAAAAAAUAACCGACAAAUGCAAAAUUGUAGAAAGAGGUAGGAAAUGAUGGUGCCUGUAAUAUUUGGGUUUAUCAUCCCAGCGCUAAUAAACACACAUAAUGACAACACUGACACGUUAAGUAGCUGUACAUAGCAACCGCUGAUGCGGUACAUUUCAAAACCAACUUAAUUGGAACAAAAGGAAAUAUGCUUUCAAACUAGGUUUCAAUCGACUUUUCCAUGUCAUUCUACUGUGUGUUUCAGUGUGUGUGGAGCUGGACCUGCAGAGUUUGGCCGUGAACACCAUCCUGCAGUCACAGCACGUCAACGACAUGGAGGGAGGAGCCAGCCUGGGUGUCAGCUUUGACGUCAUCCAGCAGGCCUCGCUGGAGGAAAUGAUGUCGGGGAACCAGGGAGCCGGCGCCGUGGCCAGCUACGACGAGACCGCCCUCUGCUCCAACACCUUCAGGUGACUGCUUUGUAAUAACAUGCAACCACUGCCACGGACACCUCCAAACACUCCAGAGCCCUCAAGCAACCUAUUUAGGCUCUAAACUAACUAGUCUGUGUGGUUUUGGAGUGUAACAGAUACAGUUCGGCUGUUUUAAACGUUUCCCUGCACUGUAGCCCAGCGUAGGUUAAAAUAAUAUACUAUUUUGACAUUUACUUUAUAUAAAGUUUGAUUUGAUUGGAUGUGUGUCCGUGAGCAGGAUCCUGAAGAGCAUGGUGGUUGGCUGGGUGCGGGAGAUCACGCAGUACCACAACGUCUACGCCGACAACCAGGUGAUGCAUUUCUACCGCUGGCUGCGCUCGCCCAGCUCGCUGCUGUACGACCCGGCGCUGCACCGCACCCUACACAACAUGAUGAAGAAGGUGUUCCUUCAGUAAGUAACAUUGCUCAACACACACAACCCUACGUUUCCAUUGGAGUCAACUGUAGCCGUUUCAAAUGCAGCUUUAUCUGGAAAAAAUGUCAAAAAUGAUCAGAAUUCUUAUUGUUCGUAAUUUUUUUAUUUGAUUGGACACAAAACUAUUUAUUUUCAAAUCAUCUUCCUACCACAACUUUGAAAAUUCCUCCUCUACAUGGAUAAAUCAUUGUAUUCAUUUAUUCUCAUUCUAAACGGUCUGUCGUCAUGUAUUGAAAACGGUCGUUACUUGAAAGAAUGAAGGAUGCCUUAAUGAAUGUCACUCUCGCUCUCAGACUGGUGGCAGAGUUCAAGCGGCUGGGCUCCACAGUGGUGUAUGGGAACUUUAACCGCAUCCUCCUUUGCACUAAGAAGAGGAGAAUUGACGACGCCAUUGGCUACGUGGAGUACAUCACCAACAGGUUGGUUGGUUAGCUAACCUACCCAUGUACUACUAUGCCUCUAUACUGUACUUUGUCAUGUUAUAACAUCAAUAUGCUGUCUAUCAAAGCCAAAGAAAACAAUAUUAUUGACCUAAUAAACAAAUAGUGCUCGUAAAUCAGUGAUUCAUGGUUACAGAGUGAGGGCAAGCCCUGUUUAGUUUAUGGAUUCUUGAAUACAUUCUGAGCUAGAUCGCAUGGGGUGAAGGUUUGUGGAAAUUAGUCUGCACCUUGUUGGGUUUCAUGCAGCCAAGCAUACCAUCACCCUGUUGUAUCAAGCACUAACCAUAAAUUAGUAGGCAAGGUUUUGUUUUAUGAGCUGUUUAUUUUAACUUGGUCCGACUAAAAAAAAAUCCUCAAUCUUCCUUAGCAUUCACUCGCGGGAAAUCUUCCAUUCCCUCUCCAUCUCCUUCUCCCGCUGUUGGGAGUUCCUUAUGUGGAUGGAUCUGGCCAACUAUGGAGGAGUGAAGGGCAAACUGCCCUCCAGCGUCCUGUAUGGAGAGGUACCUUCUAGUUCUGCCCCUGCUUUAACAUCUGCUAAAUAUGUGGAUGCAACCAAUACUAUUUGAUAUUUAACGGAUGUAUGUGUAUUUGUUUUUCCUACGUCUCAUAACCAAUGAAAAUCGCUGUGGUAGAAAUGACACUCACGACCUGCAUUGGCUUUCAGAACGGGACAGCCCAGAAGAAGGGGAAGGAGGAUGUAGAGGAGGAGGGCAGUGAGGAUGAGGAGGAAGCUGAGGGUGGGGAGGAGGAGGAGGAGGAUGGAGCCGGAGAUGUGGACGAGGUGGAGGAGCUGAUCGAGAGCAGCUGGAACAUCAUGCAGUAUCUGCCACAGACCGCCUCCUGUCAGAAAUACUUCCUCAUGAUCAUCUCCGGUAGGCCAGCGCAUUAUCACAAGCGUUGUCGUCAUUUUCGUAUCAUGUGUAUAGUGUUUGAUCCAGAAUGAAUUUGGAGGGGGUCCGUGGGCACAGCUCCCUGACUUCCUGUGCUCGUCUGUCCUUUAUCAUGUUUCCUCUCAGCCUAUAUUGCUGCCGUCUACCACAGCAUGCGGGAGGAGCUAAGACGCAACGCCCCGGGAGCCACGCCUAUUAAGAGGCGGGGCGGAAGCCAGACUUCCCAGCAGGCAGCAGGAGAUUCCUCAGCACUUCCUGGUAAGUAACUAGAGCGAAAGAGGAACCCCAACCGGACGCGGACGUGAACAAAGGAGGAGUCAGCACUACAGGUCUCUAAAGUGAUCUGGGUUUGUGUCUAAUCUAAUCCUAAUCGUUUUUAAAUUGCUGUCCACCACUUACAUCCUGUGACUACUAGCCAGCUACAUUGUUCAAUAGUCUACCCUAGCUGGCCUACACUGGAAAACCCAGCAUUACCUGACUAUUAGCCAGCUAUGGCCUUCAAUAGUCUCCCCCAUAUCCAGUCUACCAGACUACAGAUGAAAAUAAGCUGUCUCUCCUCCACAGGUAUGAUCUCCUUCUCCCAGGAGUAUGUGUCCAGCGAGCUGACCCAGAACUUCUUCACCAUCACCCAGAAGAUCCAGAAGAAGGUGACAGGCACCCGGAGCGUGACCCAGCCCUCUGAGAUGUUCCCCGUCCUGCCCGGCUCCCACCUGCCUCUUAGCAACCCAGCCCUGGAGUUCAUCAAAUACGUCUGCCAGGUCAGUGACAGGGAACUAGGGUCAUAUUCAUUGGUACACAUCGUAGCAAAACAUUUUGCAACGGAAAACGUUUUGUAAUGAAAAAUGUGCGUUUCUUAUUGGGCAAGUUCAGGUAGUCCCUCCCAGUUUCAGCCAGUUUGCUUCCGUUUUGUGCCUAGUGAAUACACGCCAGGGUUGUAUUCAUUAGUGCACACCAUUUCAAAACAUUUUGCAACGGAAAACGAAAAUUAGCAUUUCAGUUCUGUUUUCUUCUGUUUGGUGCCUAAUGAACACAACCUUCCCCUGUAGGUCCUCUCCCUGGAUGCCAACAUAGUGAACCAGGUGAACAAGCUGAAGAGGGACCUGCUGCGUCUGAUAGACGUGGGUGAGUUCUCAGAGGAUGCCCAGUUCCGCGACCCCUGCAAUUCUUACAUCCUGCCCGAGGUCAUCUGCCACCACUGCAACUUCUGCCGCGACCUCGACCUUUGCAAGGACCCCUCAGUGGCACAGGUCAGUGCCCCCCCACAGCUCAUAAAAUCCAUUGGAAUUAUGAAUAGCUUUUUACAGAUGCUCAAAGCGCUUUGUAUACUAAGGGGAGGAGGGAAACGGCAGAAAGCUCACCAUUCAUCAGCUAUCAUAGUGGCAAUGUCAGAAGUGAUAUACAGUACAGUGUAUAUGAUACAUGAUGGAAUGAGGUCAGGUUGGGAAUUUAGCACCAAAGGAAAGUGCCACAGUCAGGACACUCAACCUAUCCAAAACACAGUAUAAAUGGUCCAAAAAGCAUCUUCAUAUCAAUCUAUUUCCACUGUAAUGACACUGAUACCUCUACAUUCUACUUACAGUGCAUUCGGAAAGUAUUCAGACCCCUUGACUUUUUCUACCUUUUUGUUACUUUACAGCUUUAUUCUAAAAUGGAUGAAAUAGUUUUUUGCCCCUCAUCAAUCUACACACAAUACCCCAUAAUGACAAAGCAAAAACAGAGAUGUUCGAUCGGGUUCAAGUCCGGGCUCUGGCUGGGCCAUUUCAAGGACAUUCAGAGACUUGUCCCGAAGCCACUCCUGUAUUUUCUUGGCUGUGUGCUUAGGGUCGUUGUCCUGUUGGAAGGUGAACCUUCGUCCCAGUCUGAGGUUCUGAGCGCUCUGGAGCAGGUUUUCAUCAAGGAUCUCUCUGUACUUUGCGCAGUUCAUCUUUCCCUCGAUCCUGACUAGUCUCCCAAUCCCUGCCGCGGAAGAACAUCCCCAAAGCAUGAUGCUGCCACCACCAUGCUUCACCGUAGGGAUGGUGGCAGGUUUCCUCCAGACGUGACUCUUGGCAUUCAGGCCUAAGAGUUCAAUCUUGGUUUCAUCAGACCAGAGAAUCUUGUUUCGGAGAGGCCUUUAGGUGCCUUUUGGCAAACUCCAAGCGGUCUGUCGUGCCUUGUACUGAGGAUUGGCUUCUCUCUGGCCACUCUACCAUAAAGGUCUGAUUGGUGGAGUGCUGCAGAGAUGGUUGUCCUUCUGGAAGGUUCUCCCAUCUCCACAGAGGAACUCUGGAGCUCUAUCUUGGUCACCUCCCUGACCAAGGCCCUUCUCCCCCGAUUGCUCAGUUUGGCCGGGCAGCCAGCUCUAGGAAGAGUCUUGGUGGUUCCAAACUUCUUCCAUUUAAGAAUGAUGGAGGCCACUGUGUUCUUGGGGACCUUCAAUGCUGCAGAAAUGUUUUGGUACCCUUCCCCUGAUCUGUGCCUUGACACAAUCCUAUCUCUGAGCUCUACGGACAAUUCAUUUGAUCUCAUGGCUUGAUUUUUGCUCUGACAUGCACUGUCAACUGUGGUACCUUUAUAUAGACAGGUGUGCCUUUCCAAAUCAUGUCCAAUCAAUUGAAUUUAUCACAGGUGGACUCCAAUCAAGUUGUAGAAACAUCUCAAGGAUGAUCAAUGGAAACAGGAUGCACCUGAGCUCAAUUUCGAGUCACAUAGCAAACGGUCAGAAUAUUUAUGUACCGUAAUUUUCGGACUAUAAGCCGCGCCUUUUUUCCAAUUUUUCGACCCUGCGGCUUAUAUAACGGUGCGGCUAAUGUAAGCGCUUACUGUCGUGUUACAGGCACUUUAUUUUGCACUUUUAAAAAAACACAUUUAAUUUAGCCAUUGAUAUUGCCUCGUCAAGCGCUGUAAGCUUAGUUUUUUGUUAUGGUACUACUGUAGGCUAUAAUGUAGAUAAAUAUUCAAAGAUGUGCACACUUUUUCAAGGUUUUUCAAAAAUAACCAAAGUUAAGUGGUUAAAUGAUUGUGACGCUAUUAACUAAUUUUGCUGGGGAACCCCUAGCACUCCCUCAAGGACCACAGGUUGAAAACCACUGCUGUAGAUCACUGCCGGUAUGUGCGCUGGGAGCGCACCGUUUAAGUUUGAAAGUUGAAAAGUUUGUGUGUCUGAAACGCUAUGUGAUACAGUACAGUUUACACAGCACAGUAUAUGUUCUGUAGCUACUAUUGCACUAAAUGGUAACACUUGAAUACGUUGCGCAAAUAUGCAACUUGUUUGUUGAAAUGUUAAUAAAUGGGAGCUUCCUCAAGCAGCCAUCUCUUUCCCGACAAUCCCCUCUGUGCACGAACCCUUACAUAUGGUAAUUAAACAUUAAAACACCUGCGGCUUAUAGUCCAGUGCGGCUUAUAUAUGUACACAUCAUUCAAUUUAGCUGCUGCGGCUUAUACUCCGGUGCGCCUUUAUAGUGCGGAAAAUACGGUAAAUAAGGUUUCUGGGGGUUUACUUUGCUAAAAUUUAUAAAAAUCUGUUUUUACUUUGUCAUUAUGGGGUAUUGUGUGUAGAUUGCUGAGGGGAAAAAACAAUUUAAUCAAUUUUAGAAUACGGCUGUAACAUUACAAAAUGUGGAAAAAGUCAAGGGGUCUGAAUACUUUCCGAAUGCACUGUAUAUGCUCAAGUUGAACCAUAGUUUCCUUAAAGCUAUGCUCAUUUUGCAUCCACCUACCAUUCUCUCAAACAGCUGUGUGUGUGUGCUCCUUCGUAUACACUAUGUAAAUCAUCGGUUCUGUGUUCACAGGACGGCUCUGUUUUGCCACAGUGGUUCUGCUCCAACUGCCAGACCCAGUAUGAGACUGAGUCCAUUGAGAUGGCCCUGGUGGAGGCCCUUCAGAAGAAACUGAUGAGCUACACUCUGCAGGACUUGGUGAGGAAACAAUCCACAUCCUCACACCUGAUGCAUCCUUUGGGAUAGAUAUGACCUGCGUCUUGUUCAUUAAGGAAAGCGACAGAAAACGUUUUGAAAAGGAAAAGUCCAGGUAGUCCCUGCCUGUUUCUUCCGUUUGGUGCCGAAUGAACACAGCCCAGGUUCACUACUCAGUAACUACUGUUUUCAGGAAUUGUGAUCGUGUCUCACUGCGAGGUCUAAAACGUGCCUUGCGUUCCAUUGCAGGCUUGUGCCAAGUGUAAAGGAGUGAAGGAGGCCAACAUGCCUCUUUACUGCACCUGUGCAGGAGAUUUUGAACUCACCUUCCCCACCAAGGUUUGUGCUCCUCCAACCCAUGUGUCCCUAGCUGUGUUAAAACAAUGUGCCACCCACCACAAUAUGUUAAAUUCAAAGGUUAUGAAACAUUGUGUUGCUAGGAUCUGUAAGGUCUCCUCUUCUCCGUCCACAGAGUUUCUCAGAGCAGAUCAAAGUGUUCCGGAACAUCGCCGCCCACUACAACAUGAACUUCCUGGAAGAGACCAUUGACUGGCUAUUGGUCAUGAGUCCACAAAUAAGCCAGUCUACCAAACAGUGA